CAUGAAAAUUUGAAAUUUGUUAUUUAGUUACCAUGACUACGUACAGUAAUGCGUAUAGCAAUUAGUUUAUUGAAAUAUACUUUUUCCUUUUCCCGUUGUAGUUCAUAGAAAACACACGUGUUUUAUUCUUCUGUCCGAUCUACGACCAUACCAACAGGUUAUGGGCCUUCCGGAAAAAUAAUUUCGUUUUUUUUUUGUUCGGUAACUGUCGCGAGUGAAGUACCGGAAACAGAAGUUUUUUUUUGUUCGACGACGCGCAGCAAUUGGAUUUGCCGCUAAUCAACAAAAAUGGAAAAGUUCAGCAUGGAACGGUUAGGCAGUGAUAACUACGAAAGCUGGAGCUUUCAGCUGAAAAGUUUGCUUAUGCGGGAGGAAUUGUGGAAGUACGUCACCAGCAUCGCGCCAGAACCUGUAACCGAUGCCUGGACGAACGGAGACACCAAGACUCAAGGAACGAUUUCGUUGUUCGUCGGUGUCACUCAGCAGUCUUUGAUUCUUCAUAGAACACACACGUGUUUUAUUCUUCUGUCCGAUCUACGACCAUACCAACACUGGGGUCUAUUCCGGAAAGAGCGAAAAUUAUGUGACGAGUCGUUAGCAACGGUACUAGCAGAGAAACAAAGCAUGGUCAACUCUUGGCCGCUGGCCUUCAUUCCAGUAGGAACAGCCAGUCAGGAAUCUUUGACACCUAACCACUUUUUGUUUUUGUUUGUUCUAAUGGCGUGCAUGAAUCGGAGAAGCUAUCGACGGAACGGCGUUGAGGUGCAGUUGGAUUGGAACAUGGUCAAACAUAAAUAA